AUGGCGGCCGCUCCGGCCUCCGCGCUCGGGCCCCGGGCCGCCGCCGCCGCCCCCUGCCGUCCCAAGGGCCUCGCAGCCCCGGCCUCAGCCCCGGCCCCGGCCCCGGCCUCCCGCCGCCGCCGCCACCGCCGCUCCAGCUUCGCCGCCCGGCUCAGCCAGUCGCCGGCGUCCGGUGCGUCGCCUAAUCAGCUCCGCCGGGCGCGCAGGGCCGAAACCGAGUUCCGGCCCCCCACCACGGCCGCGCGCAGGCGCAGGCCGCGCCGCCGAGGCCCGGCGGCUCGACGCAGCAGGUGUCUGAGAGACGUCAGUGCGGGCGGCACCGAUGCUGCCCACUGGGAGCYUCCCCUCCUCACAAACAGAUCACCCACCACAAGCCACACUGUUCCACCUAGGGAGGACCAGGUGGGGGCCUGGAGUCGCCGCCGCUGUCCUUCAGGGGCCAAGCACCAAGGCUGGAAGAAAGGCCUGGGGGGAGGCCCAGCCCCCUCCCUCCCCACGGGGUACAGCUGCCUCAAGUAUCUGUCCUUUCUCUCCAACUUCCUCUUCUCCUUGCUAGCCCUGCUGGCCCUGGCUGUGGGACUCUGGGGCCUGGCUGUCAAGGGGUCUCUGGGGGGCAGUUGGGGAGGUACCGUGCCCCCAGACCCCGCGCUGGUGCUGGUGCUGGGGGCACUGGCAGUCAGCACGGUGAGCCUGCUCGGCUGCCUGGGUGCCCUCUGCGAGAACAGCUGUUUCCUGCGCUGCUUCUGCGGGGCUGUCCUCUUCUUCCUGGUGCUCGAGGCCCUGGCAGGGGCCCUGGUGGCAGCCCUCUGGGGCCCACUGCAGGACAGCCUGGAGCACACCCUGCAUGUGGCCAUCACCCACUACCAGGACAGCCCGGACCUGCGCUUCCUCCUUGACCAAGUCCAGCUGGGGCUGCGGUGCUGCGGGGUGGCAUCCUACCAGGACUGGCAGCAGAAUCUGUCCUUUAAUUGCAACUCUCCUGGGACGCAGGCCUGCAGCCUCCCUGCGUCCUGCUGCAUCCGUCCCUGGGAAGACGGGGCUUUGGUGAACACCCAGUGUGGUCUGGGGGCACUGCGCCUGGACGAGGACGCGGCCAGACAAGUUGUGCACCUGGAGGGCUGCGGGCCUGCCAUGCUGCAGUGGCUGCACAGGAACAUCCAGGCCCUGGGCGGCUGUACCAUUGCCAUCGUGGUGGUCCAGGGAGCUGAGCUCCUGCUGGCCACCUGGCUGCUGAAGGCCCUGGCUGCUCACAAGACAGUGGAGGCUGUGGAGGCUGGUCCCCUGUGA